AUGGGCAGAGCAGGUGUACAGACCCAGGAACUCAGCACAGGGAUGGUGGGAACUUCUCAUAAUGGGCGCAGCAGGUGUGCAGACCUGGAACCUCAGCACAGGGAUGGUGGGAACCCCUCAUAAUGGGCACAGCAGGUGUACAGACCCAGGAAUUUAGCACAGGGAUGGUGGGAACCCCUCAUAAUGGGCAGAGCAGGUGUACAGACCCAGGAACUCAGCACAGGGAUGGUGGGAACUUCUCAUAAUGGGCGCAGCAGGUGUGCAGACCUGGGACCUCAGCACAGGGAUGGUAGAAACCCCUCAUAA